AUGCCCGAGGUCUGCACAAGGCCACGGGGAGUCGCCCUAGUCACCAGCAAUAACCAGCACGCCAAGCUCCCACGGCAACCAUUCCUCCUCCAAAAAAGUACGCAAACCACCACUCAGCACCGUUCUCACCUGCGCCCUCUGCAGAAGCAGGAUGAUAGCAGGAUGAUGGUCCCCGACGAUGGACAAGCUACAGGCAGUGCACCCGCACUAGCACAGCACAGCACAGCAUAA